AUGACCAUGAAGGUCAGCCAGCUCUAUCUGUAUCCGAUUAAAUCCCUCCGACCAACCUCUCUCGACACCGCUGUCCUUACUUCCGCGGGUCUUCAGUUUGAUCGUCGGUUUAUGCUUCUGAAGAUUGAAGGCGAAGAUGGCCCCAAGCAGACGCUGGAGAAUAUGCACAUUCCUCAUUACCCUGAGAUGGGACUCUUUCAAACUGCGGUAGAAUUCCCCAAAGACGAUGAUGAGGGGAAAGUCCUUGUUACAUACAAUCCUCCAAGGCCGCAAGAUGUAUCAGACCCCAAGCUGCGUGAGAUCAAGCACUUAGAGGUCCCACUGUGUCCGUCAGUCAAAAACAAGAGACAGAUCCCAGUCGUGAUGCACAAGAGUCCAACAACUGGAUAUGACAUGGGCCCCAAGUACAACGAUUGGUUCAGCGAAUGCUUCGGUUUUCCUGUUAUCCUUGCGUACCUGGGAAGUAACUCAAGGAAAGUGCUAGGUACAAUGGCACCGGAAAAACGAAAUAAAACGCCAUGGUGGAGGAUCUGGUACGAAGCCUUGGGACAAAUUCCCAACAAAGCCAUUCCAUUAUUGCUUAUCUGGUUUUAUCUUUUGAUCCGGGCUAUCGAUAUUCCUAUCAACCUGAUAGGAAAUUCGUUGGCCCCGCAAAUUGCUUUCCCGGCCGCCGCCGCCAUCCUCACCAGUUGGGUAUGGGCUACCCAUGUCCUGUUCCUCCGACUACAUGUACAAACACGCAUUAGCUUUGCCGAUUGUGCUCCAUAUCUGGUUAUCUCGCAAUCAUCAAUCGAUAAUGUCUCCGCCCGACUUCCAGAGGGUAAAGAAAUGGAUCACACUAAGUUCCGGCCCAACAUUGUCGUGUCGGGUGCUGAUUCAGCAUUUGAAGAAGACUUUUGGACUGAACUUAAUGUGGGAUCUACCAAGUCUCGUCUAUUAUUAACUGGGAAUUGCGUGAGAUGUCAGAGUUUGAAUGUUGAUUACCAGACUGGGGGUAUGGCCAAGGGUGAAACAGGUACGGUAUUGAAGAAAUUGAUGAAAGAUCGACGGGUGGAUCGAGGAGCUAAGUUCAGCCCUGUUUUUGGACGUUAUUCGUUCCUGCAUUGGACAGGUCACGGGGAUAGAAUUCGGGUAGGCGAUGAGGUUAAUGUGGUGGCGCGUAGUAAGGAGCGGACUAUUACUGACUGGCCCGGUCUGACCAAUUAG